UUUGUGUUGUUUUUUUUCUUUCUUUUCGCUCAAAGUCGACACGAUGGAAAAAGUUUCUAAUUCCUCAUUCCAAUAGAACUCUCCAGUAGAAAAGGGCGAUGAAAACUCACGAAAGCAGUAACAGCUUUAGCACGUGCAGUUUGUAGGAACAGUGACGCAAUUCCGGUGCAGUGGUGAAACUUUGCAAUACAUUUGCAAACACCUGCUACCGGGGGCGAGCUUCAUUGCGGCUCUAGCACAAGCAAUGGCGUUGCUGUCACGUGUAAUUGACAUGUAAUUUAACACUUUCGAACUGCCCGAGAGCGGGCACGGGACGGUAGAAUCCGGGACGAGUAACUAAUCGCCAGUACUUAGCUGCUUUCGCAACACUAAUGCUGCUGCCAAUCAUGGCACCGAUCGACAGCUUCCUAAAAACUUCAUGUUGAAGUGUCGAAUUUUCGGUAGUGAGAUACAAUAUUGCAAUAAUUUGUACAUGUUUAGCGUGCCAAGAAUAAACCGUACGAACACAUCUGAUGUCUGGUCCUAUUUAUUGCCAUGUCACUCAUCAUUUUCGGCACAUUUGACGAUUGCACAUUCCAGAUCGAUGAAACAUUCAACGGUGAGAUCACACAAACCUCACUUUACAAUUGAUCAAACGUAAUACAAUUAUAUUGCUUAACAUCUUUUCUAGUCAUCCAUCAUUUCGAUUUCAAUUUUUUGCAAUUCCAAUUUAACAUUAUCUAUCCAGCUUGCCGACACUGAUAACAUUUACAUACGAAACGAUAUACACUUCGUCAGACAAAUGCUCAAAAAAUUAAGUUGAUCAUUAAAAUUUCAAGUGUCGAAAACAUUUGUAAAAAAGACACUCUGUUAAACGAUCUGAAGUAAGAAAUCAUGGAUGAAGCACAUCUUCAUUUUUAAAACACACACAUUCUGGUGUAACAUAUUAUUAUUUGACCAUCUGUACCGGGACACUACCAUACACAGAUGUGAGGAGAGUUUAUCUCGAUCGCUUUAUCUCCUGAUACGAGUUGGCACCAAAAGUGUUCUUAGAUGAUGGUUUGGCAUUUUCGUUUGGCAGUUUCAAGGAAGUCGUUCGUUGGAUUGCCUCGAUCGUUCAAGUGCACGAGUGUUCUUAUGCCGGUUAGAAUGGAUCGUAUUACGGGUUUUGCGGUGUUAUUAUUAGUGCUGGUUUUGGAAGCCAAUUCGCAGCUGGUUUGCUAUUCCUGUAACAAUUGUGAGGGAAACCCUCUGGGUGCUGUCAUAUGCGGGUAUCCUUCGGGUGGAGGUGGCAGCGGUGUAGGACCCACCCUACCAACCUCUCCUUACCCUACUGUCCCAACAACGACGGCAUGGCCACAGGUAACAUGGUAUCCACCGUUGUCUUCCACCGUUACACCGUGGGGUCGAUCGACCGGUUACGUGUGUUACCGGGUUCAGCGUUACGUUCCUUCGGAAAAUCGUUACACGCUCGACAGAGGCUGUGCGCUACAGCUUAACUCAUUCGAUACGACCUGCAGAAGUGUAACCGGCAAUCAGGGUUACAUUAAUUGUGAAUUCUGUGUCGGUUCGCUGUGUAACUACUGAUGUAAUUGCGCUUAAUCAUUCGUUGGAAUUCAUCCCCUGGUACGUUCCCCAAAAAAAAAACGACGCGAGUCAUCAUCAAUCAUCCAUGGUCCGGCUGGUCACGAUGCGGCGGUGAUGAUUUCCGAAGGUCUUCGCAAACAGCCACCGUCGCCUUUAGGUUAGACAGCAUAGUUAUCGUGCUAUCGUAUUAUCAGCGUUUCUAUCGUAGUUACGCAUCAAUAAAGCACAACGCAACGGAGCGUUGGAAAUACCCCAGAAAGCACGACGAC